AUGCCAUUAAGUUUUUUCUUAAAAGCCAAAGAAACUGGCGUUGAUUUGGACAAUUCAUGCAAGGAAAUGAAAGCCAGAAAAGUCUUUGACGCAUCGGGGAAUCAAAUGAAUUUCCCAGGGUGUAUGGAAACGGAGGUGGAGCUUAUAGGAGGAAAGAAAAGCAUUGUCCAAAUGCACGUGAAGCGACUUAGGGAAGAUGUCACACUCUUAGAAGCCAGAGGCGCUAGGCGUCCAAAUUCUCAUAUAGCCACACCCGGAAGCGGAAUACCAAACGAAACAUGUACUGAAGGACAUGCAGGAACAAGACUGUGUCAAGAAUAUAGCGCUUCACAGGGAAUGGAUUGUACACCAUGUGAUCUUGUCCGAGUAACUAUGGAGAACAGUGACAGAUUGAACAAUUUACAGAUUGAAAAUGCUAGACUGCGCAAGAAGUUCAUGGAAAAGCGCCGUGAAGAGCUCUAUGGAUCCAGCUACACCCGAAUGGAGGUCGAUGGGAAAGGUGAACUCGUCGAAACAAAGGACGACCCAGUCUUCGCCGAAUGGACUAGCAGGGCCUUUAAUCUUAAGUACCCGCGCAGAGCAUAUAACGAGGGGGAUCGUAAGGAGAUCCUAGCAGGGUACUUAGGAGGCGAAGCAAAACUGCAGUAUAAUACUUUGCCCGAUGAAAUCAAAAAUGGCUCCCUUGACACCGUAGUGCAAGAGUUGAAAACCCGCAUACGAAUGGAAAAUCAGGAAUCUCAGGCUGAGGCACUCAGAGCUAUGCGAAUGCUUAGGAAAAAGGAGCGCCAGUCGGUUAUACAAUUCUGUCUCGAGCUGGAGCUUCUCUCUGCAAAGGCCCAUCCAAACUGUGACCAGGCAGCACUCGAGCUUUAUCCGAGCGAAAUUUUCGCACGAGCAACUCCGUGA